AUGGCGAGCGAAAGAGUCACAAAAAAAAGGAAAUUUAUUGAUGUUCAGGCUCUCACUUGCAAAUUGCAUUAUCAUACUGCUUUUAAUAGUAAUGGCACCAAAUUUUCCAACUUUGAUAACCAAAACUAUGAAUGUAAUAAUAAAAGCUUAUCUUUAAGUCACUCAUCUACUAUUGUGGAUCAAAUUCCGACUUUAAAAGAUUAUUUAAGAGGAAAAGUUAACAUAAAUCCCAUUAAUGUAAAACACAUUCCUCAAGAAGGAUCUAAUAAAACACCUUACUUAGAACACUACUUCUAUGGACAUGGGAAAAAUGUAUAUUUUGAAACAUAUGGCUGCCAAAUGAAUGUCAGUGAUACCGAAAUUGUUUGGAGCAUUUUACUCACAGCAGGAUAUUCGCGUUGUUUGUCAGCCGAAACAGCUGAUGUCGUACUAAUAUUGACUUGUGCCAUACGGGAAGGGGCUGAGCAGCGCAUUUGGGGCAGAAUAAGUUUACUCCGUGCUUUAAAAAAAAAACGUCUGGAGCAUAAAAGUCGUUUAGUGGUUGGCAUCUUAGGGUGUAUGGCAGAGCGGCUAAAGAACAAGUUGUUGGAGACUCCAGGGAGUGUCGAUCUUGUUGCAGGGCCGGAUGCUUAUCGCGACCUCCCCCUGCUUCUCUCGGUCACCUCUUCUGGCCAUACAGCUAUCAAUGUUCAACUUUCCUUGGAAGAAACUUAUGCGGACGUCCUUCCCGUCAGGCUUGAUAGGAAUAAUGUAACUGCCUUCGUGUCAAUAAUGCGGGGAUGCGAUAAUAUGUGCUCUUAUUGCAUCGUCCCUUUUACGAGGGGGAGGGAGAGAAGUCGUCCAAUGACUUCCAUAGUGGAGGAAGUCCGACUUUUAUCCCAGCAGGGCGUCAAGGAGAUAACGCUACUCGGACAAAAUGUGAAUAGCUAUUGGGACCGAAGCGAGCAGUCUUAUUGUAUAAGUGAGAUCCCGGAGUCAAAUAGCACGGGCUUCAAAUCUAUAUAUAAGCCUAAACUAGGAGGUGCGAGGUUCACUGACUUGCUGGACAGGAUUUCCUUAGUUGAUCCCGAAAUGCGAAUACGAUUUACUAGUCCCCACCCAAAAGAUUUCCCAGAUAGACUUCUUUACUUAAUUCGCGAUCGUCCUAAUAUUUGUAAAAAUAUACACCUUCCUGCACAGUCUGGAAGCACUUCCGUUUUGGAGCGUAUGAGGAGAGGCUACACACGUGAGGCUUAUAUGGCGCUUGUCCAUCGGGUUAGGAGUGUUAUUCCAGAAGUUGCACUGUCUUCGGACUUCAUUGCUGGGUUCUGUGGAGAGAGCGAAGCUGAUCACCAAGCUACUUUAAGCCUUCUGCGCGAGGUUCAAUAUGACUUAGCGUACAUGUUCGCCUUCAGCUUGAGAGAGAAAACCCACGCCCAUCGGCACUUUGAAGACGAUGUGCCGCAUGAAGUCAAGCAGCGUAGGUUAAGCGAGAUAAUAGAGCUCUAUCGCUCUAUUGCAGUCGCUAAAAACUGUCGACUUGUGGGCUCGAGACAGCUUGUCUUGGUUGAAAGUGAUAGCAAACGUUCUCCUGAUUACUUUCAAGGAAGAGCAGAUUCAUUUCUUCGUUACGUUUUUCCCAAGGCGAAAAUCCCUUGCAAGGUGAGCGGUCUCCCGAACGUUGACAUUCGCCCCGGAAACUAUGUUGAGGUGGAAGUAGAAAGAACGACAUUGGCUACUGCCUUGGCUCGACCUAUAUGUGUCUCCUCAAUAGAAAUAUUUCAUGAUCAAUAGUGUUACUACGCUGAUUUUGACUUUCUCUUACCCCUGCUAUCAUAUGGUGUUCUUUACUGGCCUACAAUGAGGAUUUCAAUAUUCAAUUAUCACAA